GCACCAAUGUAUUUGGUGUUUUGUGGAGGGAUCAAAGGAAUGCGCUACAUUUUGCCUGAAGUCUUGAUGAACCCGAUUAUAAGUGAUUCAUUUGGGUUUGGCGAAGAGAGCACUUCUUUGUUUUUCAUUCUUUUCAUUUUUACACUCUCUGCUGGAACUAUACUUCUUUACACACUUCAGUAUUUCAAGGUGAAAGGCUACAGUCUGACAGUGGUGGGACUGACAUGUACGAUCACAUCACUGCUGAUAAUGACAGACUGGCAGGCCAUUGGCAGCGAUCCCUGCACAGAGCACAGUCUGUUCCACCAUCCACAACUGGCCGACCAGUACAGACUAGAGCUAGCAGAGUCUAACAUCUCAGAGUCUGGGAUGGUGAGUGUCCAGAGUCUGCUGGUGGUGGAGGGAGAGGUGUACCUGAUGGCAGUCAAUAGGUGUGAGUCUGCAGGGGAACACUGUCACUGGAUACCCAACUCCCUAGUGACUGGCAAACACUGCAGUGACUGCCAGCCAAUCUGUAGAAGUCCUACACACACUCUCAACUUUGUCCAGUUCACUGUUGGUGCUGUCGUCUUAACCUCCACUAUACCCCUUGCAUACAUUGGAACGUUUCUCUUACUAUCAAACACCGUCCCUGAACAAUAUCAGGGAAUCAGUGCAGGGGCAACUGUUGGUCUGAUGGGAGCAACAAGAGGUGUUUUUCCCUUGAUAAUGGAUGUUGUGUAUGAGCAUGCACAGAAGCGGACUUACCUGGUGAUGCUGAUUCAAGUGGGGCUCUUCCUGCCAUUACUGAUUGGAUUGUUCCUCUUCUAUCCCUGGCUGGCAGGGAGUCGUAAGAUUGACUACUCUCAUGAGAAUCAGGACAAACAGGGGGAGGUGGAAGGAGGGGAGGAAGAGGAAGUUACUGAUGAGACUACUGGACUUAUGCCAAAAACACUAUAAACAAUACUGUACUGUAUAAAGCUCAUUAGCGGCAAGGACUUUACACACAUAGUCGUGACACAUAAGUAUCUUUCCUGCUUGUAGUAUUAUAUCAUUGUGUUAUAAUUAUUAUGU